AUGAGUAGUGACACACCAACCUCAGAUUUCGAGUACGAGGAAAUUCCAAAUAAAGUGAUAAUAGCAAAGACACAGGAGGUCUUCCAAGCUUACCAUAUAGCGAGUGAAGCAUACAAACAAGCAAGUGAAGCACUACGAAAUGCUGCCCAAAGAGUGGAAGAGUUACGCAAAUUACUGCCAGAGGAUAUGUGCAUUCAAUUACCAUCGGAUCUCUUAUCCGAAUUUCCGACAAAAAUAUCAUCAGAUUCUGUAUCUUCUUCACCCUUUCAACAAAUAGUUUUGCCGGAUCUUCGUGGUGUCAAGGAAAAGAGUUCAAGGAAAAAAUUGAAAAAGAGGUCGAGAAAGCGGGUAAGACAGGAUAUUGAUGACAUGAAAUAUGAUAGUAAUGAUGUUCUUGUACCUAUUGGAGGUGAAAAAAAUGAAAACCAGAUAAAUAAAGGAUCAUCAAAUUUCACGAUAAAAGAUCGACCAGCACAAGAAAUUGAAAAUAACAAAGGACUUGAAAAUCAAAAUUCGAUUGAAAUUAGAAUGCACAAAUUUAAUAGUAAAAAUACAAAUGAAGUAAAUCGAAAUCCCAAAAAACCCGCAGAAGGGAUCACGCUACCCAGUAUCCGAACAAUUGAAAAGAUUCCAGGUGGAUCGAAUUCGAUUUCAACAGCACAAACAGCAUUACAUCAUCAUCAAAGCCUUAGAUCAAAAAGUGCUUCAAUGCCGACCCUAUCACUCGAAAUACCAUACAAAUCCCCAAAGAAUUCAGAAGCCCAAGAAAUAUCUCAACAAUUUCGAUAUUUAGAACAACUAAACGAACAAGAUAGAAAGAAUGAUCAAUCAAUAAAUUCAAAUAAUCCUACUCCAAAUCAGUCACAUUUGUUUAAUAAAGAACCUCGAUCAAUAAGAUAUUCAAAUAAUCAUGGCAAAAUGCCUAAACCACGAUAUCAACCAUAUCGAAAUCGAUCAACACCGACAAUUAACACUGACUCAACUAACAAAUUCCAUAAAAAAGAUCCAAGUGAUAGCAGUCCACCAAGUUUUCCACACUAUCCUCACGACAUAUUCAACAGCGAACUAUCACCAACUCGACCUUAUCAACAACGCACUCCCGAAACAUCUACUACCACAAGUCCAACAACACCAAACACCACUGUAUCAGUCCAACAAUCGACAAUUCACAGUUUCUUCUUGGAUGGAAUUCCGCAUCAAAGCGUACCCGCAUCAAAUUGGUUUUAUGAAGUGACAAAGCAUACAUACACCCCACAACCACUGUCGGCGGAAGAGAGUGAACUUGUCGAUGAUUUCAUAAAAUAUGCGGGACCACGAUUAAAAGAUCCAGCGUGCACGCAGGCAGUAAUAGCACAAGAGAUUAUCGAUCUGUCGAAUAAUACAUGUAAAAUGGCACAAGCCUCAGUUUCGACCAUGAUGAGACGCAUCUCGGUUCCUAAGCAUCCAGCGAUGCGAAGAGCAAUUCAAUCGUGGAUUGAGAAUGAACGGAAAAAAUCAGAAAAAGCUCAUAUGUAUGUAUAG